UAGAGAAGAAAUGAAGAGAAGGUGAAAAAUUGUGGCUUAGGAUUCCGAUCAUGUAACUUUAAUCAGUGACGUAGACAGUUCAAAAUAUAGGAUAAUUUCAAUAAACAGUGCGCCAGUACACAGUGGAGAAUCUUUAUAGGAUUUUAACACAAUGCCUUCUGAAGAUGGACUUAUUACUUUAAGAGAAAUUGAAGGUGCAAGGAAGAACUUAGAAGAAAGUGAUCUAGGUGUUAUCAAAACUCCACUGCUAAAGCAUGUAACUGGAAUGUUUCCACAGCUGCCUCAAUCAGUGGAUUUAUAUCUUAAACUGGAAAAUACACAGACAACAGGGUCAUUUAAAAUAAGAGGAGUAGCUAAUCAAAUGAAAUUCUUGCCAGAUGAUGUUAAAACUGGGGAAAAGAAAUUAAUAACAAUGUCAGCAGGGAAUUAUGGGAAGGCCUUUGCUUACGCUUUGCAAAAACAUAAAUUAUCAGGAUUAUGUUUAAUGCCAAUUACAGCACCACAAAGUAGAGUGGAAUUAAUCAAGGGAUAUGGAAUUAAAGUAGAACAAUCACCAACAUCCGAGAUACAGGCUUCAGUUGAUGAGUAUGUCAAGGAGAAAAAUUACAACUUUCUUCAUUCUUUUGAUGAUUUAGAUCUAAUUGCAGGCUAUGGAAGUGCAUCCCUAGAAAUAUUGGAAGAGGAUGUAAAGCCAGAUAUUGUAUUGGUAUGUUGUGGAGGCGGAGGUCUAGUGUCAGGAGUAGCUUCUGGUUUCAAACUUUCAGGAUUAAAAGACUGUCGGAUAUACGCUGUUGAACCCGAAGGGUCACCAACCAUGUAUGAAAGUUAUAAAAAAGGAAGUCCUGUUACCAUGAGAGUGAAAUCGAUAGCUGGAGGUUUAUCACCACCUUAUGCUGGUACAAAAGCUUUCCAACAUUGUAAGAAAUAUGUGAAAGAUGUAAUACUUGUAUCAGAUCAAGAAAUUUUAGAUACUAUGCAACAGUUCCAUAAAAGAGGACUUGUGGUGGAGCCAUCAGGAUGUGCAGCAAUGGCGGCUUUGUUAGGUGGACACGUUCCAGAUAUUGAGGGAAGGAAAAUUGUUGUAUUUGUGACAGGGGGGAAUGUAACACCAUCAGAAAUGGUGUCCUUAUUACAGUAGAGAGUAUUUUUUUAAUAUAGAUAGGGAAAAAAAUCAUAUGACAGCCAAACGUCCUAAUUAAUGUGGGUUAAACUGAACAGCAUAAAUGAAAGAAACCUACAUUGAAUCAAGUGACAAAUUUUAUUGUGUCUGUGCAAUUGUUAUUUUGUUAAACGUUUAUUGUUAACCUAUUUUUAAUAAAGGAAUUUUUAUCAUA